GGCGUUUUCUCCAUUGUUGCACACUGCUUAGGCGAUUGAAGGUCUCUUCCCGUCUCUUAAUUGUGCUUCUGCGAGAAUCAACCUUCUCGAGCAUUUGCAACUUGUAAGUAGCAACGAACUCCCCCUCGCUUCCCCCAGCAGCCUGCUCGUACAUCAUAUGGUUUCGUGUUGGAUGCUUAUUUGUUGUGUUGUUUUGUUGUCGCUACGCAGAGCGACGAAAAUGGCGACCUAUGCAGCGAUUAAGCCGGCAAAGGCUGGAUUGGAGGAGCCGCAGGAGCAAACCCACAAUAUCAGGAUCACUCUCUCAUCCAAGAAUGUGAAGAACCUCGAAAAAGUUUGCGGGGACUUAAUUCGCGGUGCUAAGGACAAGAGGUUGAGGGUUAAGGGACCAGUGAGAAUGCCCACCAAGACUCUUCUGAUUACAACCAGGAAGUCUCCUUGUGGUGAAGGUACCAACACCUUCGACAGAUUUGAGCUUCGUGUUCAUAAGCGCAUCAUCGACCUCUUCAGCUCCCCAGAAGUGGUGGAACAGAUCACCUCAAUUACCAUCGAGCCUGGAGUCGAGGUGGAAGUCACCUAUGCUGACGCUUAGAAAUGGUUUUUUUUUUUUUUUGGUUUCUGCUAUGAAUCUCCUUUUCUGUUACAGAUAUUCAGUUUAUUAGAGGAGAAACGUGUGCACUUUCAUUCCUGCCCAAUAUGUACAUUGAGCGGUAAUACAGUGUUGGAUGUGGCAAACAGGUUAUUAUGGGUAGUAGACCUUACAAAUUUUUAUGAAUUGAAUGCAAAUUUUGCCUUUAAUUUUUGUCAUUGGCUGGUUUCUUGUAACAAAAUCCACUUUACGGGGCUCGAGUUUCAGGAUGUUAUAUGCGUUGCUUUGGUCUCAUGUAAACUAAAAAGUAUGUUCAAUU